GCUCAAGUUGAUCAAUCAUGUCUAUGACCUUUGAGGCAGGGAGCAGUGUGAUGCUGCUGUUUCACUUCUGGGAUGUGCAAGGACCUGCAGGGAUGGUGCUGUCGGUGAUCGUGGUCCUCCUGUUGACCGUGUUCUACGAGCUGCUGAAGGUGUGGAGGGUCUGGCUGGGGAAGCACCCCUCUCCCUUCCACUCCUCAGACUGCCGGGGAAGCACCGCCGCAUUAGCCAGUAGCCUGUCGGAGUCCUCUCUGGACCCCAUGGAACAGACUGCCCUCGCACCCUCCCCCAUGAACAGAUGGCUUCUCCGUGGGAUCCAGACAGCCCUGCACAUCCUGCAGGUAACCGUUGGCUACAUGCUGAUGUUGUGUGUCAUGUCCUACAACACCUGGAUCUUCCUGGGGGUCAUCUUGGGCUCUGUCCUGGGAUACUUCAUAGGGUUCCCUCUACUGGGUCAAAUCUGAUCAAACAGAGGAAUCAACAGAAAGAGAAUAAUCCUUUUCCUGGACUAUUGAUCUACAGGCACUAGUUAUCCUGUUGGACAAAGAUGUGCUCUGAAGAACAUAUCACAGCACCUGUCAUGGCGUUUUUCACUCUGACCCUGUUGCACACUCAAUGUGCGAUAGAUCUCCCUGUGACUGUCUCUUUUCAAGUUACCUGAAGCGGAAGGUGGUUCUUCCCUACUUAUCUUAAAGCAGAGGUGUGCGAAGUAAAAAAAGCAAGAUGGGGACUUCCAUAGUGUGACACAGAUGUACAGAGUACAGCAUGUUAGAGCGAUCGAGCACACCCAUGGCACAUUUAAGAUAAGUCUCAGGAAGUUAAUGCUUUGUUUUUUGUGUUACCCUGUAUGACCUACUGUACUAUGCAUAUCCACUGACAUACGUUUGAGAAUGGCCCUUGAGGAGAGUUUGAGUUCAACCUGUGGCCUCAUUCUAGCAUCUAACUCCCAAGGUCAGGCUACUUGCAGAGGGAACUGAGAUUAUGCAUUUCGUCAGCACUAGUCACAAGACAUUUUCUGGAAUUGCCACUGACCGCACAGAAGCAUGUGAUUGAGUGGUGUAACUCCGUCAGGCAACCGUUUGUUUUAAUUGCUCUUAAGUACAAAGAGGAGAACUGAAAAUGUGGCUCUUGUUAAUCAUUUGAGAGAGAGAGACGCCUGAGAUCGUAUACCCCAACCUUUUAGUGCCUUUGAUAUCCUAAAUACAUUUCAGAGGCAUAUUUCCUGUUGAAUUAUGUAACCUAAUCAUGGAUAUACACAAAGCUUCUUCUUCUUCAAAUCCUAUUGAUUUACUGUGAAAGUAGAUAAUGGCCUACUCGUAAGGCCUUUAAUCUGAACCACUUUUAGAAGGCUGCUUCUCAAUGAACAUGUGCUUGCUACUGUUGCAUUUUAU